GGUGAGAUAUUCUCACCACAGCAUUGAGUCUAGCGAGAAGCAGCAGGAGAAACUGUCAAAGUGUGUGUCCCUGCACGGUGCGCGUCUGCAUGGGGAGAGGAUUCGGACCCUGGGGGUCCUCGGAUGGAGGUUUCCCCACCAGGACGGGUCCAGGGAUCCAGGGAGCCCCGUGUAUCCAUGCACGGGUUUGAUCUCCACCCGGCGGAGAAAUCACGGGCCACACAGGCAGAGGUUUGCAGAUUUCCUUCUGCUUUGACGCAUGCAUCUUUAUUCACGAUGUUUUCCCAUCCACGGACAGUAAAUCGUGCAGCCGCAUUGCCACGAUCUCCAUCCUUGUAAGUGACAUCAGCGAUCACCAGAGCAUCAGGUCCGACAUGUCUCUCCCCGGCUGGAGGCUCUCCUCCCCCGGCCAGCGCCACUGAGAAGCCCCGCAUCAUGGAGAGCAGGAUCCGCACGGCCACGGUGGGAGACGGGGCUGGGAAUCUGACGGCAGCCCACCUCUGGCUGGACCCGGGGAACGCGUCCAGUCCUCCGGUGCGGUGGGACGGCGGCCCGCCGGCGGGCAGCGGGCUGGCCCCGCAGCUGCACCCGCAGCUGGAGCAGCUGGACCCGCACAGAGCCUACCGGGACUUCAGCACCGCCGUGCAGCUGCUCAUCCUCCUGGGCUCCCUGCUCGGUAAUGCCACGAUGUUGUGGUGCACGUGCUACACGAGCGUCUUUAAAUCCGUGACCAAUCGAUUCAUCAAGAACCUGGCGUGCUCCAGCAUCUGUGCCGGCCUGCUGUGUGUCCCGUUCGACGUGGCCCUGGGGGCCAGCCCUCGCUGCUGCCCCUGGCUGCACACGCUGCUGCUCUGCAAGGCGCUCAAGUUCCUCCACAAACUCUUCUGCUCCGUCACGGUGCUCAGCUUCAGCGCCAUCGCGCUCGACAGGUACUACUCAGUGCUGUACCCAUUAGAGAGGAAAAUCUCCGAUGCAAGAUCUCGAGAUUUGGUCAUCUACAUCUGGGUCCACGCGGCCGUGGCCAGCCUCCCCGUGUUUGCCGUGACCAACGUGACGGAUGUCUACGUCACUUCGUCCUGCUCACAUGACCACGCCCGCUCCCUGGGCCACAUGGUCUACGUGUUGAUCUACAACGUGACCACGGUGAUCCUCCCCCUGGCCUUGGUCUUCUUCUUCAUGCUUCUGAUCCGCAGAGCGCUCAGCGCCAGCCAGAAGAAGAAGGUGAUCAUCGCAGCGCUGCGGACGCCGCAGAGCAGCAUCUCCAUCCCGUACGUGUCCCAAAGAGAAGCCGAGCUCCACGCCACGCUGCUGGCUGUUGUUCUGGCCUUCUCGGCCUGCAGCGCCCCUUACGGGGCCUUGGUGGUUUAUCGCACCAUUCUCGUAGACGCCAAAGCGCUUCCGGUCUCGCUGUAUCUCACCGCCCUCUGGCUCCCCAAGGUGUCCCUGCUCACCAGCCCUCUGCUGUUUCUGACUGUCAAUCGCUCGGCACGUCUCAGCUGGCUGGACCUGCUGGCCAGGGUCCACAGACGCUACAGCCGGCGUAACGUGGUCAGCACGGGCGCCCUGGCCUCUUUAGGGGGCGAGGGUGCGACCGGGGAGCCGGCAGGCCUGGAGACGGCCGGCCGCUCCGGGAGCCAGCUCUUAGAGAUGUUUAACAUCGGCCAACAGCAGAUUUUCAGACCCUCUGAGGAGGAAGAAGAAGAGGAGGACGCCCAGAACGACAGCCCCUGUCAAAAUACAGGACCCAAAGAGGACCUGAAGGGUGCGUCAAAACUCGGUAGCACCCGAGGCGAAGUGAGAAAGGACACUGGCGGGGGGCUGGUCAUCACUAAAGAGGUCCCCGCUUCGGUCAUGCCACCCCGGGUUUCUCCCGUCCACACGUGCGCUUAUGCCUCCUCGUCUCAGGUGGCGCCCGCUACGCCUACGGAGGCCGAGUACUCCACUCAGUUUGGCUUCGGACCCUUCGAGCUGCCGCCGCAGUGGUUACCUGAAACCAGGAACAGCAAGAAGAGGCUGCUGCCUCCUCUGGGGAACACGCCGGAGGAGCUGAUCCAGACCAAAGUGCCCCGGCCGCGGCCUGAGCGGCGGAUCAGCAGGAACAACAAGGUCAGCAUCAUUCCCACCGUGGACCCGUGAACCCAUCCCACCUGCAACUCUGGACACAACUCGGUGCAGGGAAGACCUCACGGGUCCAGCAAGCCACGGAGCUUCAAAUAAUCAAGUGUCUCAAUGAAGCAGUUCUACACUGACUACAUGACUGAAAAAGCACUUUUUUUUCUAUCUUUCUUUUUUUGAUUGGAGCUGGUAUCAGUAUUAACAAAAAAACACUGUACAGACCAAAUUAUACUGCCGAUACUCAAUAAUAUAUUCCGGUUUGAAUGAAUAAGAGGAUAUUGGGUCUCCUAACACGGAGUAUGGAUAUACUGUGAUUGCACUCAAGAGUCAGUCUUUUCUCUUAACCUUUCUUGGGACUUUUUCUUGACCAUAUUUUGCAAUUUUCACUAAAAUAUUUCAGUAUGGUGUUCCAUUCUUCUUCUGAUGUCUUAGGUGUUGUUUGUACUUUAAAUUAUGUAGAUUUCAUGUGACGACAAUGCAGAUGUAGAUUAUGCAAAUAUAUUUUGGAAAUGAGUUGAUUAAGUUUUGAUUCAUUUCUCUGAAACUCAAAGUGAAUCAAAGAGACAAAAGAGAACAGAAAAGUAAGAAUGUGCUGUGGAGAUAAAAAAAACAAAAAAAAACACCAUCUGAGUCUUUGAAUCAUCUUUGAUCCAUUUUUAUUGACUAUAUAAAGGUUUUUUCGACAAUCAUUUUCACAUUUAAAUAACUGUAAAAGAAAGCAGGUAAGAGCGGUGACACAAGCGCAGCAGAAGCUCUGUGAUAAAUUCCUCUGACGGACACCUUUGGCUC